AUGAAGAAGCAGAAAUCGCUGUAAUAAUAGAAAAUAUUUAUUUUAUGCGGAUGAGUUAACUUUGUUGUGGCCAAUUAAGUGAGUAAUGUUUUGAGGAUAUUUAAAAAUUUAUACAUUUUAUAGAUUGGAAAGUUUUAAAACCGAUAAUUAUUGAUUAAAGAGGAUUAAGUUGCAGCAGAUGGAUUUCACAAAGCUUAAAUCCAAUUACUACUUUCUUGAUGAUAAAGCCUACACAGAAGAUGACCUACUCGUAUAUAAUGUCAUCGCUUAUCAAUUGCAUGGCAAAGUCACCGAAUUAGAACUACGCAAGUACUUUACGCAGUUCGGUGAUGUGCUGAAAGUGUAUUUGCGACGUGAUAAAUAUGCCACCGGCACUACAGAACCACCGAUUGGUGAGGUGCAUUUCGCGCAUCCAUUGGCUGCUGCGAGAGCGCUACAGCGUUUCUCACACGAAUUGCAGAAGAAGCGUUUCUUUGUGAAUGCAUGUGAGAGUUGGGAGCAACCGGAAGCUUACAAGGGAGGCGUAGAUUUCAACACGCGCAUUGCAGCACUCAAUAUAAAUGGUGAUCUGAUCGAUUUUUAUACACCUAUGCGCGCCAAUAUCUUGCAACUGAAUGAUGAGUGUUUAGAGACCAUUUGCCUUUAUCUGCCAUUACGCGAUCAAAUACGCUUCUCGCGUGUCUGUCUGCGUUUUCGUGAUAUUUUCAAGCGUAUUUCCAAGACCACAUCAAAAGUUUUCAACAUGAAUCAAUUAAUCGGCAUGACUUUGUGGGAUAUACGUGAAUUUUUUGAAAUGGCUGGCGCUAAUAUCGAAGAAUUGAUUGGUGCAGUGCCUUAUAAUUAUCAAGAUCGCAUAGACUUCAUAAGCGAACUAAGUCCACGUGUACGACGCGUCGAUUUGAAUUGCAAUAAUGUGGAAUCGGCUAGUUUGUUGCGUUUUUUGGAACGUUUCCAUGCCGUAACCUACGUGGAAUUGCACAAUUUUUCGCUGAAUGACAACUCUGUGCUUGCCUUAAGAAAACUGCCCAAUCUACGUGCGCUGAUACUCGAUCAGAGUUUCGAGCUAACAGGCAAAAACCUAAGUAAAUUAUAUCAGCUGCACGAGCUGAGCCUUUUCGGUUGUGAAAAUCUGCAGACCAGCCAUUUCAUCGACAUCUGCAAGUGUCUAUUCAAUUUGCGUUGUCUCGAUAUACGUCACUGCAAAAUGCUUACAACGCGCGCUUACAGUGAAAUGGUGCGCAAUUGUCGUCAAUUAGAGCAACUAAAAAUAUCCUGUGAAAAGGAGGUGAACUACGAUUGUGUCGCGCAAUUACAUGCGCUACGUCAGUUGACUGUACACUCUUUCGGCGCCGUACGCGAAACGUUUUUCAUUGCACUAGCUGCACAUAAGGCGCAGCAGCUGGAGAAACUCGAGAUAUCAGCAAGAAAUUGCAUCACACACGAACGUGCCAUUUACCUAUCAAGGCUGCAGCAACUACGCAGCCUAAACUGCCCAAAUAAUGACAAUCUAACCGAUGAGUGUCUCUUUGAAUUCGCCGAACGCCUAAACAGUUUGGAGGAGCUGGACAUUAGAAAUUGCCGUGCUGUGACAAACAUUGGUGUGUUAGUGCUGUUGCGCCGUUGUGCGCGCCUAAAGCUUGUUAAUAUAGCGCAAUGUGAGGGCAUAACGGAUGAUUUCGUAUUCGAUGCCUGUGAUGUGCUGAAGCAAGGUGCGCGCGCCUAUGGUCAGCCAGUGCUGUUUCGCGUAGCCGGCACUAGUGUGCACGAAAUUAUUGUGCAGGAUCUACCACAGCUGGAAGUGGGUCGUUUGUUACACUUCUCCUUCAAGGAAGACAGUUCCUAGUGUACUGUUGCAGAGUUUACACGCAUUCAAGAGUAUGACCAAAGAAUUUUGAAGGGAAUACAUGUCGUCUAACACAUAUAUAUAUAAACAAAAAUCAAACACAUAUGUAUCACGUUAUUCACGGUAAAUGCAUUUAAAAGACAUUUUUACUAACACAUUAAGACAAGUUUAAUAACCGAUAAAAUCAAAAGCUUAUACGAAACGCACAACGCACAUACGGCAGCGAAUUACGUAUAGAUGUGUAAUAAAACAUUUUGACACUAGUACUUUUGCGCAUUUCAAUUGUAAAAUAUUUGUGUGAUAAUUGGUGUUUUGUGAAAAAAAUCAGCAUUAUUUAGUUUUUAAAAUUUACUAACAAACUUUUAUAUUUUUUCAUAUAAUUAUAUGUGCCACGAAAUUGUUAACAAUUACCUUAAUUUCAAUUACAAAGUAGUUACUAUUGAUAUUUUUGCUUUGACUGUUUAUUAUGCAAAUGCGAACAAAGUGCUAAAAUGUGCUCAUGAUUUUUAAAUAAUUUUUAAAUAAACAAGAAUAAUAUUAAAAUUAUUUCCAUAAACACGUGUGCUAAUUAAAACCAGUGCAUAAAAUAAAAAAAGAAAAAAAUAAAUAUUUAAAUCAAAACUAACCUAUAAUUUUUUGUGUAAUUCACAUUUUUAUGUAAUAAUUUCACAUAAACAUACAUAUUAUAAAACGAUAUUCUAUAAAGCUAGUUCAUAACUUAUACGCAAUAACGGUAAACAGUGAAACUGCAUGGUAAUACUCUAAAAGCAAAUAACAAAUAUAUAUAUAUAAAUACAACAAUAAUUAGUAUGUCAAAUUUUCAAAUGCAAAUUUUGAUAUUUUCAAUAAAAAAAAAUUAAUAA